AUGCCGGGAAUGGGAACAAUGAACCAGCAUCCUCCGCCACCUCACGGGCAAUCUCCCGCUCCCCCUCAUCGCAGGCAAGCCGAGAUACCAUAUACAAGUGGGCCGCCUAAUGCCCGCUCUUCGCAAGCAUUCACGGGCUAUCAUCCUCACGCCCACACCCAUGCCACUGGACCAUUGCCUCCAUAUACUCCUCACCAAUAUCAGCCGCAUUGGUAUUCUUAUCCACAGAUGCCCCAUCCACCUCACCCCAUACCACCACAGCCGUACCAGUCGUACAGUCCUCUAAUCGUCUCUUCAUAUCCUCGUUCUCAACAUAUUGCCGCCACUCUUCCUCCUCACUCUCUCCCGCAACACCCAACCACCUCAACCCCGCAAGCUGCCUCGUUUACUUCUACCCCUCCACCUCUGUCGGCAGUUUCAGCGCCAGUCAAGUCAGACGCAAAAGAAGAUGCACCUCGUAUCCAACAACUAGAGGUACAAGUGAAAGGAUCUGAUACCUCUGCCGAUUCCUCUCCUCUCACGCCCUGUUCCAAUUCUCAACCACCGGAGGUAAAAAAACAAACUAAAGAACAACAGCCAACCAAAGCGCCAUUCAAACCACCUCUUCCCUGGCUGUCGGUCCCCGAAGCCCCGUUCCCUCGACGCCUGCCUCGGCGACGAAAGCCUGGGUUCUCCCAAAUUACACAACAAUCCGUUGCAUUAUCUUUCAAAGUUGAAAAUGAUGUUAAUGGCCCCAAACCUACUACUCUAGCUCUCGUGGAAGACUUCACCGCUGCGACCCCCACAACGUCGCAUCCAACAUCUGAGCCUGCAUCGACACAACCCACUAGCCCUUCAACCAGCGUCAGCGUCCAUACCCCACUUCAUGGUCGCCAAUCCUCCCAAUCAACUACAUCACGACAUAUAGCGCCCAUAAUUCCCAUUAUUCCGAUCCUCCCACCUAGCCCUGUUGUUCAUAAACAAAGCCCACAAAAGAUCGAAAAAGUUUCUGAAAGCGCAAAAGCGAAUGGACAGGUCUCUGCAGAUAGUCUUAGCGAGCCUGCUGAAGAUCUGUCCGUUAAACAGGAUGUGAAGCCCGCUCCCAUCUCACGCCCGCCACCAAAAUCAUGGGCUGACCUGGUUCGAACCACAAAGCCAAGUACUGCCAGCAAUAGCGUUCUACCGUCCUCAGGAGUCGUUGGCGCCCUGGGCUCUACCAAAAAUGAAUCUCUCUCCGAUGUCAUUAAUGAUCUUGGGUCUUCUGAACUUGAGUUCUACAGCAGCAGUAAUAAUAUGGUUACUUUUUUCGAGCCUCGUGGUCUCGUCAACACAGGGAAUAUGUGCUACAUGAACUCUAUUCUCCAAGUGCUAGUCUUUUGCGUCCCCUUCUACAACUUCCUUGAUCGAAUUAGUCGUCGUGCUGCACAUGCCUUCAAGAGCGAAUUACCCCUUCUUGAUGCCAUGAUCAUGUUUAUGAGAGAGUUCAGAGUAAUUGAUUCUGCUGUAUCGACCGAACAGCUACGGCUACGUUUGAAACCAAAUGAGCUAGAGCAGUUCGGUCCGUCAUUGAUACCUGAACACGUGUACCAAGUUAUUCGGCAUCUUCCUCGUUUCAGAGAUAUGCGCCGAGGACACCAACAAGAUGCACAAGAAUUUCUUGGCUUUCUUUUUGAAGAACUCCACGAAGAAUGCUUACUUGCAGUGAAGAGUUCGAAUACUCCUUCUGAUGUCCCGACUCCCAGUGAUCUCGAUGAUCUUUCCAUUACUAAUACUUCAGAGGGUUGGCUUGAAGUUGGCCAUAAACAAAAACCCGCCGUUACCAGGUCUUCGGGCCACAUCGCCACGGAAUCUCCGAUCACAAAAAUUUUCGGAGGCAAGAUCCGUUCCGAAUUCAGGGUUCCAGGCAACAAAAUAUCCGUCACCCUGGAGCCAUACCAGUCGCUUCAGCUUGACAUUGGCUCUCCUCAGGUUAAUAACAUAAUCGAUGCGCUUAAAGGCCUCACAAGGCCGGAAACUAUGCAUGGAGAUUUCAGCUCAUCGCGCGGCCCCAGAGUGAGCGCUACGAAGCAGAUCUUUAUAGAAAGCCUACCACCAGUUCUAAUUCUCCACCUUAAACGCUUCCAAUAUGACAAUGUGACAAAAGGCACCCAGAAGAUCUGGAAAAAAGUCGGGUAUCCUUUAGAACUUGAAAUACCCAAGGAAGUAUUUCCCCAGUCACGCCGAAACAUGUUCGCUGCACAGGGCAGCGGCCUGCCGAAAUAUCGGCUUACUGGCGUCAUAUAUCACCACGGCAAAAGUGCAAGUGGUGGCCAUUAUACAGUUGAACUCCGCCGCCAAGAUGGCCGUGAAUGGAUACGUAUUGACGACACUGAAAUUCUUCGCGUUAGGAGCGACGAUGUUGCCUUCGCUGGUAGCGAGGAAGAUCCCAAAGCCCUUGCUGCAGCUCUAGAACAACAAAAGCUUGCAAGCAAUGGCUCGCAGACGAACAUUUUCCGCCACUUUGAUCAAGAUGAUGAUCAAGAUAGUGACAGUGGAUGGAAUCGUGUCAAUGGCUCAGGCUCGGGCCACGGAAGCAAGAAAUCUAUCAGCUCCCUAGCAAACGGGACUAUUUCUCCAACGUCGGGAGCUUCUACGAGCAAAAGAAUCCCCAGCAACCGGUCGGCCACUCGAGAGAAUAAGGUCGCCUAUUUACUAUUUUAUCAACAGAUCUGA